GGGCGGGUGAGAGCGUCCCGGCGGGGCCUGCGCCGCGAGCGGACCGCAGCCGGCGGCCACGCCCGCCGUUUGGCUCCAUACCCGAGCUCCGGCUGCGGGGACACCAGGCAGGCAUGGUCGGCUAUGACCCUGAGGCCAAGUGCGUCUCCUCGGUGGAAGCAGCUGCAGCAGGAUCAGCAUCUGGCUUUGUCACUCGGGUCCUUAUCAGUCCCUUGGAUGUCAUCAAGAUCCGCUUUCAGCUUCAGAUCGAGCAGCUCUCCCCCAGAAACCCAGGGGCUAAGUAUCAUGGCAUCUUGCAAGCUGUACAGCGCAUCUUCCAGGAAGAGGGGUUGGUAGCCUUCUGGAAGGGCCAUGUUCCUGCUCAGUUCCUUUCAGUUGGCUAUGGAGCUGUUCAGUUCAUGGCAUUUGAAAGCUUGACAAAACUGGUGCACAACGUCACCUCCUACGAUGCCCGUGAUUCCUUUGUGCACUUUGUGUGUGGUGGACUGGCUGCUUGUACAGCCACUGUUGCAGUUCAACCUGUUGACACGCUACGCACCCGCUUUGCGGCGCAGGGUGAGCCUAAGAUCUAUCGCAACCUUCGCCAUGCAGUGGUGAUGAUGUACCAGACAGAAGGGCCUCGCACUUUCUAUAGAGGUUUGACCCCCACAAUUAUUGCUAUCUUUCCAUAUGCUGGUCUCCAGUUCUCCUUCUACAACAUCCUGCAGCAGUUUUCUGAAUGGGUGAUUCCAGCUGAAGGAAAGAAAGGAGGCAACGUUAAAAACCUUGUUUGUGGCAGCUGCGCUGGAAUCAUCAGCAAAACCCUUACUUACCCUUUUGACCUGUUCAAAAAACGACUGCAAGUGUGUGGCUUUGAGCAUGCCCGGGCAGCUUUUGGGCAGGUACAGAUCUAUAGGGGUCUCCUGGACUGCAUAAGGCAGAUCAUGCGAGAGGAGGGCCCAGGUGGAUUCUUUAAGGGCCUCUCGCCCAGCCUGCUGAAGGCUGCUGUCUCUACUGGCCUUGUCUUCUUUUGGUAUGAGCUGUUCUGCAGCCUGCUGUGUGCCCUCAAAACCACCGACAGCACUACGAGGAAGGAAGGCUGAAGGGGGCAUAUAUGCGGCUACCUGUUGUCUCCUGAAGGAGGGUGAACUGAUGGCUCUGCUCUGUCAUGAGCAUGUUGGAAAUGUCAGAGCUCCACCAGCCUGUAGGAAAUCACCUCCCGGGACCAAGCAGAAGGAGAAGGCGACUGCAGUUCUGCUGAAGAUACUGAACUGCUUUGCUGGAAGCUGUUCAGCUGAGCACUUUUUUUCUCUGUCUCCUCUAAUAUCAGCACACAUUUAGUGGGGAGAGGGGGGAACCAAGCAGACAACUACCUAGCAAAGACUGUGCUCUGGAAAGGCACCUGAUAAAGCAGGUGAAUUCCUUGCCCUGGAUCACAGGGAGGAAUCCUGGCUUAGUUUAACCAAUCUAACAUCACUCCCUAUCACUGCAUCCGCACAGCUUUGUUUUCUUGCUCUGUGACCUGCUGUUUGCACCAUAGUCUUUUCUCUGUGUUGCACAGGUAGCUCUAUCCUGCUGCUGUGAAGUCAGUUAAAAACUCUUUAAUGUGCACAGACCUUUGAUUUUCCUUUUCUUUGCUGCCAGCUGCUGCUUCUUGAUUACCACCUGCUGGCUGUGCGUUUUCAGCCGCCUUAAACACAGAAACUUCUAGUGAAUCAUGCUGACCCAAACUUUCUUUAACUCUGGAGAGUUUGAUUGUAUCCUGAGUGCCUGUUUCUCCUCAUCUUGCCAUACAUCUCUCAGGGUUUUGCACUGCCUCAGUCAUGGUUUUUACAAGUAGACCUGCAGGUUAAGAACCCCACUCUAAGGGGAUUCAACGCACAAGCCCAAUUCUUACUUCAGGGUUCUUUGCUUCAGUGCCCUGAGUAACAAAUGUUGUAUAGAGUUUUAGAAAUAUUUAGUCUAAGAUGGAAUAAUGAAGGAAAAGUCCUGUGGAAACUAGUAAAUGUAUUUUAUUUUUUUUAAAACCACCUUUGAAUGUUUCUAGCAAGUAUUUCUGUAGUGGCCUCAAAACAUUUCUGAACCUCAGUCCUAUAGUGGUGCUAACAGAUGAAAAUGUUUUGACAAGAUCAGUGGAAGUGAGAGGUCUGAACAUGAAAUUGGAAUUGGUUGGCUUAGCAUGGAGUUUGACAAGAAAAGGAUGAUUGAAUUGGAGCUGGAGAAGUGUUUUUCUGGAGUUUCAAAGGUUUUGUGGGUGGUUGAAAAAAAAACCCCAAACCCAAUUCCGAUUUACAUAACAGGGAAAAAUAGAAGAAUUACUUUCUUCCACCUCUUUUAUUCUGUUUUUGAAAGCUGAGCAGGGUGUGGCUGGAUGAGUGUGUGAAAGGCAGACUUCUGAGGAAGAGCCACUGAGAUAAAAAAGUCAUCUGGCAAGUGGUGGAUAGGGCAGAGCACUACAUUUAUUUAGAGGAUGGUUUGAUGGUAGUUUUCUUAAUGCAGAGCUUUUUGUGGCUCUUUUGUGAUAUUCAGGGUGCUAAUCCCAAAUGGUCUGGCCAGAUUCCAGUGUGACCAAUUCCAUUCUGUUGACGUAACUUCUUCUGGCAAUUUUGAGCAUAUCAGCAUUGCUCACUUAUCCUGAACUAUUGUGAGAGGCUGUUUUUAAAGAGCAGCUGUUUCACUGGUGGCUGAGGUAUGUAAAGAGAUUCCUUGGAAGCCCAGGCCAAAUAACUUUGUGUCUGCUGUGGUUUGAGAUCUUGGUGUGCAAAGUGGCUGUUUCACUGCAGAUGACGGAGAGCUACGUAAGAUUAAAUUCACUGAAUGGUGUCAGACAGGAGGCUGAUAUGUGAACCUCAAAGAGGGAGUGUUAGCUGCAUGUACGCUAAAAAUGGGCACUUUUGCUUAGAGGAGAAAAUGGAAAGAAUGUGAAGUAAAGUUUCUCGAAGUGUCUCAAUUCUAUUGGCAUUUUCCUGUGUUAGGCUCUUCUGAGAUUUCCCCAUAAUCUUCUUAACAAUACUUUGCCUUUAUUUGUUCAUCUGUUGUUCUUGGAAAGGCAUCAUAACAGUAAUGAACUUAGCCUCAUGACAUCCUUCUGAGGGAGAGAAAUACCUCAUUUCAAAACAGACACAGAUAGGUUGGGAUUGUUACUGUCCUUUGGCUGCUGGUAGAGAGGAAUGCUGUCAUGGUUAGCAGGGACAGGACUGGCCACAGCAGGAAGUUUUCUGUGCUGACCUAGGCUUCCAUAGGAAAUCAGGACCCAUCCAUCCUGUCUAAACAUUACAAAACUCCUGUUUUCCACUUCAUGUCAAAGAGCUGCUGUUAAACUGCACAAAACAGGGAGAAACUGGUUAGGAACUCGGCAGUGGGAUUUGCAACCUCUGAAAUAGGGGGUGAGAUGCUUUGGUUGUCACAGGGGUUAUGAAUAAAGAACUGAAAACUCUGGUCUGAUAAGCUGAUGUUCCUUGAGUGUGCUGUGGAGCUUGAGGUGAAGCAGGCACACAGCUGUAGGGGCAUGCAACUUGGCUGCUCCACAGCAAGGGCAGCAGUGGAGAGUAUAGAGCUGCUUUUCUUCUCUGGGAUAGUUUUCUUCCGUAGCUACUCUCUGUUAAAUGAGCUUGCCUCUGUCCAACAGGUGGCACAGUCGGAGUUCAAGUUGGGCCAGUCUGGGCCAGGCUGUGGAUGACCCUCCCUGGUCAGAAGGCUUUAGGCAUGCAGCCUGGUUUAUGUAUCGCUCUGGGCUGUUAGUUGUGAAUGUUACAGGCCCAUAGAGGCACCUGGUCUUCUAGUGAGUGAAAGAGAAAGAAAUAACAACCGCAACUAUACAAUAUGAGAAGUUGCAUCUAACAGUCUUCAUCACUCACUUCUGGUCAGCAGCAUCUGUCUCAUAAAUUUCCAGCAUGGACUUGGCUAACUGGGAGUCACUGCUGGGGAAAGGACUGUAAUGGGAAUAUUGUUUUCCCUUUGGGAAUGAGAGUGGUUUAGUGCAAAGCAUUAGGAGGACAGGUCUUAUUUCUGAUGCUGCUCUGGCAAAACACAUGCUGUUUGAAGCUCAAUUUCCUAGAAUUAGAGGAGUGAGAGAUGGGAGAGAUCUGUAGUCACCUUGUUUUCCCACAUGCUGGGACAGAUUUGCUCUCAGAAACUCUGUGCACCGGUUCAGUUUCAAGUGACUCAACGCAGUGAGUGACUCGCUGUGAGACUGCGCCAGAGUUUGCCCUUUGGGAUGGCUGGGACUUCACUCUGAUGUAAUCCUAUCAGCGGGGAUUUGCGUUGCCUGAAAUUCACCUCACAACUUGCUCAGCAAUUGCAUCUGUUUUCUUCUAGUGCCUUUUACCAUCAGAAUGUCCAAAAGCACUUUAGCAGGCAAAGCAUUCAAGUCAGGCUGCACUGAGGUUGUUAGGGGAUCCACCAGCCCUCUUAGCUGGCCUGGCACGGGAGAGCAUCCACGCACAAGUUCUGGGAUGAACACACUGUUCCUGCAGCACUGGCUGACUCGCCGAGGUUCUAGGACAGUCCUGUUCUCAGGAUGUUCAUCCAGAGCGGCACCGCAUCAUUUUUGGAAAUAAAUUAAUCUUUUACAGUUGGACUUGGAACAGAUUGUAUUUAAUUUGUGUUAAGUUUCUCUUGUGAUGUAGAACUGCAAUUCUCUGCAGCAUUUUGCUCUGUUGCCUGAGUGGAUCUUUUGCAGCUGCUGUUGUCUGAAAGCAUCUGUGCACGACGUGUGCCUACCUUUGAGAAAAGGUACAUUAAAUAUUUUGUUACGCUCA